AUGGAGGUGUCCUACAGCCAGUGUACAGAUGGGGGUAACUGGAGCGAGCUGCCAGAGGUGUCAUUGAGGCAGGUGUUCCGCUGGCUCGGAGAUCAGGACCGGGUGCGAGCGGCGAUGGUGUGUAAAUGCUGGUACCACGUCAUGCAUUCUCCAGCUCUCUGGAGAUCCAGGACAUUCACCUUCUGUGGCAGACCCUCCAAGUACCGCCGGGCAGAGUACGAGUCCGCCAUCUGGUACGCCAAGAAGUUUGGCCGGUACCUGGUCAACUGCGAGAUCAAGUUCAUGAACCCCUACAAUUCCCUGCUGACCAGGCGCUUCCAGAUCACCAUGAGGAGCUUCCUGGCUCGUUUAGGCAACGAGAACAACCGGCUCAAGUCCUUCACCAUCCAACACCUGGAGCUGGACCGUCUGGUGUGGAGCUCGUCUGUGAGGAAUGCCUUCCUCAAGAGUCUGAACUUUUUUCUCCGCCGCGAGUGCAAACACCUCCAGUCCUUCAACCUCCGCGGAGCGAGGCUGGGUAUGGAGCAGGGCUUCUCCAUCCUCAACUCCUUGGUCCACCUGAGGCAAAGGAGCUCCAUCUCCGAGCUGAACAUCGAGGACUUCUUCAGCCACCACCUGGCCAUCUACGCCAACCCCACCUUCCCCAAGAUCAUGCGCAGUUUCUGUGUCCUGACCAGCCUCUCGCUCAACUACAACUGUAUCUCAGACGACCUCCUUGACACCCUGUCUGACAGCUGCUCACAGACCCUGAGGAUCAUGAACAUCAAAUGCCACAUCCACGACCCUCACAGCCAGGUGAUUUGGGGGCUAUCCUGGUCUCUCCUGGCUAAACGGGCCACCAGCCUGAAGGUGAACUUUUACUUUGACCUGGUGAUGAGGAACGAUCGAUUAACUCGGAUUCUGGUCCCUGAGAUCCCGGUGCGGAGUCUCAAUUUCAGGAGCUGUUACUUCAGUGACCCGGACUGGACGAUGAAACCCACCCUGGUCGAUCUGAUUCCACACUACAAGAACACACUACAGAAGCUGACUUUGGAGUUCAACAACAGCCACGAACGGAUCGAUGAUGAAUUACUGCAACUGGUGUUGAUGUGCGACCGACUGCACUACAUGAAAAUCUGGGCUUUCCUCAGCAUCAGGUUUAUCGAGACAAUGCUACAGUAUCGGCAGGAGGGGAAGUCCAACUGCCGCACUCUUAAGGUGAGAAUUUACAUGCACAAAUAUGAAACGAGUGAAGAAGAUAAGAUGCUUCGUGAUCUGUACAUGAAGUACAGGGAUCUAAUUGACACAGAACUCAAUUAUUUGGUUAUUACGUACCCCUUGAUGUAAAGCACAGCUCUACUGAAUACGACAGGCCGACUAUAAAACAUUUAAACAGUUAAAGGAUCAGUAAGUGUAAUUCUGCCAGUCAAAUAAAACCUUCAGAAACUAUGCUGUUAUCAGAGGUACCUAAUGUGUAAGGAAUGAUUGCAGAAUUAUUUUAUACCAAUUUACAGCAAAAAAACUAUGAAAUAUUAUAUAUACAUAGAGAGCAAUUGACUGUAGUGCUUAUUACUGAUGGUGUGUGAUGUACAGAAGGUUAUUAUUCUAUUGAGGCUACUAAUUACAUUGCAGUUAGUUCUGGUGCUGGAGUCUGUUGUACAGAUAAAAGUCAGAUAAAUUGUUUUUAUGGCGUUUCACUUGUUUGCAAUAGAAGGACGAUGCCAGUGUUUAUUACUGUAUUCAUUAAAUACAAGCACUUGUUUAUCAAAGGCGUCUUUGUACAUUGCACAUCGCCAUGAGAACCAUCCUGUCUGCACACAAAUCACACACGGUGAUGUUUCUGAACUGUUCCUUCUUAUUACGAAAUACACACACACACACACACAGGUCUCCAGUUGCUGAGGGGAGAACCUUCAGUAAAGUAUAUUUAGUACACGAGAGGAUUGGCUGAUAAGAGCAUAACAUUCCUGCAAGAACACAGCCCAGAUUCAACAUCCCCAAAGCACUGGAUUCAUAAGCCCUUGAGGGUCUCAAUGGCUUCUAAGAGCGUGAGCUUUAUUAUUAUGCUUUUGAUCCAAUGAUUACAAUGAAGUGGUAGAUCUGAGCGACAUGCUCAGGCUAUUGAAAAGCACUUGGAGAUCGAGGUGGAAAGUAUAAUAGUCAUCCAAACCUUUCCAACCUUUCUAUUAAAUGGGGGCGUAGUGAAGAGAUGCCUUGUUUAGCUAUCGGUGUAAAGAAGAUCCGUCGAUCAGGGCAAUGAAUUAGAAACCUCCAUUGUGUUGUUCCCCCCACACACACACCCACCGCCCACCCACCCACAGACACCCACCCAAACGCAUACAGACACUAGCAGAAGUUACUGCCUCCAGUUCCAACCUCAGCGACAGUAUAGAGAUGCUUCCUGAUAGACAGAAACAGUGACCCAGGCUGCAAUUGUAUUUCCUUGUGGGAAGCCUUUGAUAGAGGCUGUUUUCCUCAGAAAAUGUUGCCUAUAAAAUCUAAUCUGAAAUAUGCAGG